CUGAAGGUAAUCAAUACUGCUUCUAAGGAAAUGACCAAAGAAAUCUGGCAGACUUUCUCUGUCUUUGGAAACGUGCUCGUGGAUUGGCCGCGUCGUCCUGAUGUUUCAGCUCGUUCCAUGACCGGCUAUGUAUUUCUUGUGUUUGAAGAAGAAAGCUCCGUACAGUACCUUAUUUCAACUUGCAGAUACUACCUUUUCGUUUCGUCACCGACAAUGCGAGAUAAACCUGUGCAAGUCAGACCAUGGAGAUUGGCAGAUAUGGACUUCAUCUCAAACCCACGUACUAUCAUGGACCCUCGCAGAACCGUCUUCAUUGGUGGGGUACCUCGUCCCACUCGAGCCAGUGAGUUGGCUGAAUGUCUGGAGCGUCUCUAUGGUCCAGUGUGUUAUGUUGGAAUCGACAUCGAUCCUGAGCUUAAAUAUCCCAAAGGUGCAGCACGAGUGACGUUUGUUACGACGCAGGCAUUUAUUGCAGCAAUCAACGGACGCUUCGUACACGUACACCACGGUGAUUCACAGAAAAGAGUUGAAAUCAAACCAUAUGUCAUGGAUGAGCAGAUGUGCGACCAUUGCGAAGGCAAGCAGUGCUCAUCACGUUAUGCACCGUAUUUUUGCGGAGAUGUUGACUGUCUGCAGGUGUCUGACUGA